CGUGAGUAAAAAGUCACAUGAUAUCAAAAUGAACAACGGACUGUGCAAACGAGAAUUUUUUAUCAUCUGUAUUGCUAUCUUAACAGUGACUCUUAUUCAAGGUUUUGCUUCUGUGAACGAUACAAGCAAUGUCGAAUUUGUCCAUGUUAUAUUUAUGAACCACUUAGAUGUGGGAUAUGAUGGCAUUGCUUCAGAAGUUGGAUUUAUCAAUAACAUUUUGAAUAAGUAUUUUCAUGAAUAUUUUCCAAGGGCUGUGAAUUUAUCUGAGCAAUUACGAGCUGGAGAAUAUGUUGAAAAUUUUGUGUAUACAACACAUCCAUGGCUGCUCAGUUUGUUUUUGGAUUGUCCAGAAAAUUUUAAACUUGCAGACAUACCACUUCAGUGUCCAAAUGAGACUGAGAAGGAAUACUUUGAAGCUGCUAUAAGGAGAGGAGACAUUACCUGGCAUGCAGGACCCAUGAACAUGCAGCUCGAGAACAUGAAUGAGCUACUCUUCCAAAUGAGUUUGAACAUUAGCUUUGAACUAGACAAAAAAUAUGGAAUCAAAAGAUUAUUUCCCACACUCAGUCAGAGAGAUGUGCCAGGAUUGACACAGGCAGUGAUUCCUAGCCUGGUACAGAGAGGUAUUUCUGCUGUGUCUGUUGGAGUUAAUCCUGGAUCCAGUCCUCCAGCAGUUCCUCCACUAUUCAGGUGGAGCUUUGAGGAUGAUGAAGUUAUGGCAACAUGGCAUCCAGGAGGGUAUCCACUUAAACCAGGACCAAAUCCGGCUCACCCAGGGGGAUUGUCCACUAAAGAUUGUGUGGUGAUGAAAGGAUUUGAACAUGCUCUGUGUUUUGCUUUUAUAUCAGAUAAUGGAGGCCCACCAAAGGAUAUUCUGGAAAUUUUAGGUUAUUAUGAAAUCCUCAGAAAAGAAUUUCCAAAUGCGAAAAUAAAAGGAUCAACAUUUGAGGAGUAUUUUGGUGAGGUGGACAAGAUCAGGAACAGAUUGCCCAUCAUCAGAGAGGAGGUCGGGGACACCUGGAUCCAGGGAAUAGCGUCUGAUCCGUUCAAAAUGGCCAGCUACAGAGCUAUCAGUGAAGCAGUCACGCAAUGUAUUUCUGCAGAUGUUUGUAAGAUGUCUGAUCCUGACAUAGCGAGUGCAGUUAGGCUGCUUAUCAAACUACCAGAACACACCUGGGGACUGCCCAGUGUAGGAGACAAUGUUAACUGGAGUAAUCCACAGUUUAAUGUGGCAAGAUCAGGUGAACAUUAUAAAAACUGUGAGAAAGCAUGGCAGGAACAGAGAGCAUUUUUGUGGAUGGCGAUGGAUCAGCUGAGAAACGUCCAGGUACUGUACGACAUGAUUGUACAAACUCUUUCUCAGCUGGUGCCACAGGAGCCAAAUCUCAGUGAGUAUGAGAUUGUCAGCGAUACCUCACAGACGUUUACAUGUGAAGAUGGGAUGAAACUUAAGUUUCAAAAAGACGGCUCAAUACAGUCACUGUAUGAUCCUUACAAUAUGGUAGAAUGGGCAACAGGUGCUGCGCUUGGACAGUUUCUGUAUUUUACUUAUAAUGAAACGGAUUUCAUGGACAUGGCCUCUCAGUACAAUUAUUAUGGUGGGGCUGGAUAUGACAAGAAAAACUCUACCCAGAAUGCACAUCCUGAAUCCAGGCCAUGGCCAACAGUAAUCAGUCAAAUGUACAAGGCUAAAAAAUCUGCAUUGGGAAGCUGUGACAUUCUGCUGAAGCUGGUUAUGGUAGAAUCCAAAAGCCACACAUGGUAUGGUGCUCCAGAAUCUGUAUGGCUUCACUACAAGUCAAGACCUGAAGGUUAUGAUGUUACACUACAAUGGACCAAUAAAACACCAACUAGACUAGCAGAGUCUAUAAUGUAUAACUUUAAUCCAGCUCAAAAGAAGGGUUUUAACUGGAGAUUAUCCAAAGUAGGUCACCUGGUGGAUCCUGGGAAUGUCAUUCUAAAUGGGAGUCAGUAUGUUCAUGCUGUAGACAAUGGUGUGUAUUACAUCAAUAAUAUAGGUCAAGGUCUGCAACUUCUCACUCAGGAUGUACCAUUGGUAUCCAUAGCAACUAAGGAAAGGCCACCAUCACCAUUUCCUGUUCCGUUGAAGCCCAUUUCACAGAAGGACAUUUCUGGCAUGGCUUUUAAUUUGUAUAAUAAUAUAUGGGACACAAAUUACAUAUUGUGGUACCCCUACCAUGAUGGAAUGAACUCUUCCAAACCUGGGGAUUUUAAAGCAAGGUUCCAAAUAAAUUUCUAUGUGCCCUAGGUUCCCAAUCUCAUCAAAAGGCACAAUGAGCAAUACUCCACGAUACUUUACUGGUGAUAUACUGUUGUACAUAUGAUUCUAGUCUUGACCAAAAAUCUGUAACAAAUUAAGAGAGAGACAAAGAUUUGUUUUUUUUCAAAUUACUAAGAUAGCCUUCUAAUGGUACUUAAUAUUUUCACAUGUACAUGUCAAAUUGUUAGCAAUCUGUCUGUGAUAAAGAUGAAUGUGAUCAAUAUGAAAUAAAUUUGAUAUUUUCAA